GAAGAGAAACGCGAGAGAGAGAGAGAGAGAGAGAGAGAGAGAGAGAGAGAGAGGAGCGAGCGCCUCGGAUUGCGAGUUCAAUGCGCGGAUUUGCGUGAGUUUUUGAUCGGAUGGCGUCGUCGUCGAAGGAGUUCGUCGGAUCGUCGCAGAUGGCCUCUUCUCAGACUGCUGAGAAUGUAACUCAAUUUAAAACUUGUCGAUGUGGGGAGGGGGACACAAAUAUUUGGACCGCAAGGAACUCUGACAGCUCCGAUAAGCAAUCUAGUAGCUGUCCCAGUUGCCAGGUUGGUGAGAUUCUCUCUGAGAUUUUCAAGAGUGGGCCACUAUUCAUUUCCUCCAAAGGAAUAGGUUGGACUUCAUGGAAGAAACGCUGGUUUAUACUUACACAUACAUCUUUAGUCUUCUUCAGAACAGACCCAAACGCUCCUCCUGUAAAGGGAAGUGAACCGAAUGUUACACUCGGUGGUAUUGAUCUGAACAAUUCAGGAAGUGUUGUUGUCAAAGCAGACAAGAAACUUCUGACAGUGCUCUUUCCCGAUGGUCGUGAUGGGCGAACUUUUACUCUAAAGGCGGAAACUUCAGAAGAUCUGUACGAGUGGAAAACUGCAUUAGAGAAUGCUAUUGCACAAGCACCUAGUGCACAAGCACCUAGUGCGGCCCUUCCAAUGGUGCAGAAUGGAAUAUUACGCAAUGAUAUAGUUGAUCCAGUCGAAGCUCCAGCAGAACAGUCAGGGAAGGAUCGGCCACCUGUGAAAUCAAUGGUUGUUGGUAGACCAAUUUUACUUGCGCUUGAAGAUAUUGAUGGCAGUCCAUCUUUCUUGGAGAAGGCCCUCAGGUUCAUUGAACAAUACGGAAUCAAAGUGGAAGGUAUCUUGCGUCAGUCAGCUGAUGUCGAAGAGGUAGAACGCAGAGUUCGUGAUUAUGAGCAGGGAAAAGACGAGUUCUCGCCAGAGGAGGAUGCACAUGUUGUUGGUGAUUGUAUCAAGCAUGUUCUUCGAGAGAUGCCAUCUUCUCCAGUUCCUGCAUCAUGUUGUACUACUUUGGUGGAAGCUUACAGAACUGACCGUGGCGGCAGAAUUGAUGCGAUGCGUACUGCAAUAUAUGAAACUUUCCCUGAACCUAGUCGGCGUUUAGUACAGAGGAUUCUUAAGAUGAUGCAAACUGUGGCAGUGCAUAAAUCUGUGAACCGGAUGACUUUAUCAGCUUUAGCUGCUUGUAUGGCACCACUACUUCUCCGCCCUCUUCUUGCUGGUGACUGCGAGUUCGAGGAUGAUUUCAAUAUGGGUGGUGAUGGUUCGAUUCAGCUUCUCAAAGCAGCAGCUGCUGCUAACCAUGCUCAAGCCAUUGUUAUGAUUCUACUAGAGGAAUACGACAAGAUUUUUGAUGAGAAUCUUUUGCAGGAGGGUUCCAUGUCCUCAGAGCUGUAUACGGAAUCAGAGGAGGAUGGUGAUGUCGAUGAUAAUUAUUCAACCGAUCAUGAUAUCCCAGAGGAUGAUGGCUAUCAUGAUGCGCAUCAUGACCUAGACGCAGAUAUAGAUGACAAUACGGAACAGUCAUAUAGCGGUACGGAAAGUUGCAGUGACGGUGAGAGCGACGUGUCUGGCGACAAGGCCAGCAAAAGCAAUAAUAUAGAUGUUGCAUAUCAUAAAGAUAGUGAAAUGUUCGAACCUUCUAAUGCACUUGAAAGUACAGCAGAAAUACCAGCGCAAGAGAAUAAGAAUAUUCGUCAAAAUUCAUCCCCUACUGAUUCUCUUUCUCCUAAAGAUGUUGUACCACAAGAAGAAAUUAUGCAGUAUGAAAAUAGCAGAAAAUUAGCUCCUGCCCACCAGUCUUGUGAGCCAACUGGGAAAGGAGCUGCUUCUUCUACAGGCCAAUUUCUCAAGUCAAUUAGCCAUGCUUUACCAUCGAGAGCUGCAAAGUUCUCUGAUAAAUCAAAUGACCAAGCACUCAGUUGUAAACGUCCAACUAUAUGGGGUCGGACCUCUGCCAGGAAGAACCUUUCUAUGGAGUCAAUCGAUUAUUCUAGUGAAGAAGAGAUUGCUAUUCAGAGGCUCGAGAAUACUAAGACUGAACUCCACGCCAAAAUUGCAAAGGAGGUAAAAGGAAAUCAAAUUCUGCAAGCAAGUCUAGAAAAACGAAAGGAAGCUUUACAUGAACGUCGUUUAGCGCUUGAACAAGAUGUGGAAAGAUUGAGAGAACAGCUACAAAAGGAGAGAAAUUUGAGGGCUUCGUUGGAGUCCGGACUUAUGAAUAUGCGACGAGGGCAAGUAUCAUACGCAUCCGCAAUAGAUAGCAAGACUAGGGCAGAUCUCGAGGAAGUUGCUCUCGCUGAAGCAGAUAUUUUCAGUUUAAAGCAAAAAAUUGGUGAUCUUCGUGGGCAACUCAAUAAUCAACUACAAGAAAGCUAUACUACAUUAUGCGAAUCAUGCAACAAACGCCUCUCAAAUUUGGAUUCACCAGUCAUGAAAGGUCAACAGGAAGGUGUCGACAGUACCAUUUUAGUAAAACAAAAUGGCACCUUUUCAAAAUGCGAUGACAUUUUGGACGAAGCACAUGAGAAACUCCAAUUGCAAACACAAGGUUUACCUUCGACAAGCUCCGAUCAUUCACAAAAUCAUAAUUCUGAAUCGACAAGUCAAAACGAUACACUACCAUCAAAUGUUAGUUGCUCCUCAUCUUCAACUGGAGCCACCGCCCAAUCCAAGAAGGUUUCUGCAGAGAACAAUGAGGCUAACCGUGAAGAGCUGAAGGCAGAAGCUCAGGAGUCAUUUUCUCUCAAAAGCGGGAAGCCUCUUCAGAAGCAGAAGCCAAAUGCUCCGCAUCAAAGCAACAAGCCAAUUUCAAGCUGUAGCAUUAACCCAAUCGCUGAGGAGCCAACAAUUGCUUCCCAGGAUGAUACUCAGAGCACGUCGAGUGGUGAGAAUGCCAUGCAUGCCGCAGAUAGUGAGAGUGUGAAAGUUCAUAAGAAAGAUUCAGUAUCUUCGUCAGAUAAGAAGCAUAUAGAGAAGCAACAGACGAGCACAACUAAUCUUAGUAGCGCAAAAUCUUCAAGUCCCACUAGCAUUGCAUCCAAUGAGCAGCUGAUGGCUGGCGGACAGAACUCCGUUUCGAAGAAGCACCUUCCAAGAGGUGAAAAUGUGAAGAAGGAAGCCCAUGAUUUGUCAUCUUCUUUUCCAAAAAGGCAACCUUCUGAGAAGCAUCAAUUCUCCACUAUGAAGCCUCAAGGAUCUAGUAGUGUUACGUCUCCCGAAGAGCUGGCCGCAGUUGAUCGAGUUUUAGCUUCGAAGAAGAUCUCUUCUAGGGCCGAGGAAGUAGGUUUAUCGUCAUCAUCUGCACUGGCAAAGCUGACGAACCGGCUCAACUUUUUGAAAGAACGGCGGGCCCAGCUCGUGAAUGAGCUGCAGAACCUAGACUCGAACCGCACACUCGGUCCAACCGGUCCCCCUCCAAGAACCAAUUCCAGAUGAUCAACCAUUUGCUCAAAGAGGAAAAACGUACUACUCUCAUUUCAAAGAUAUUGGAUUUGAAAACAAAACCGUGAUUUUGAGUGACACUGGAAUCUCUUCUACAAGGUGUGGGGUUUUCUGAUGGUCUUUUUAACACGAUUACCUGCCGCUGAAUGUAGGAAGGUGGAUAGAGAUAAUUGGUUUUAUGUGUGUUUAGAGCCGAAUUUGUAGCGUGUUUUGGAAUGAUUUGGUUAUUAUGUGAAUGACUACUAUUUGGAGGCAACGCCUGAUCUGUUCAUGUAAAUUGUUGUGUGAGCUGUUUGUAUCAUAAGAUUGGCUUGUUGCUUUGAUUUUUCUUUUCCUUUUUUUUUUCAUCCUUUUCUUUUAUUCUUCUUUUUUUUUCUUUUGAGAAAAUGUACGCUUGUUGCCCUUAGAGAUUCUGACACUCUGUGUUCAAUGAAUAUAUUUGAAUUCAGGCACCGUUCUUUACUUUUU